AGAUAAAAGAGGUCACAGAGUAGCUUUACCUGUUGCUUUGGUUUACUGCUGGUUUCUAACACAGCGAGCUGUGAGAGCGUUUGGUUUUGCUUGCGUUCACUUCCAGCCUAGAGACUCUCCUCCUGUAGAAUGGCAGACAAGCCUGACAUCAGUGAGAUCUCCCACUUUGAUAAGAGCAAGCUGAAGAAGACUGAGACGGAGGAGAAGAAUACUCUACCUACCAAAGAGACAAUUGAGCAGGAGAAGCAGUGCAAAUCCUAGGCCACCAGCUCCUGUUCACCACAUCACCAAGGACAAUGAAGGCCUUCUUGAAGAUCUUGCGCGCCACGUGGCUUCUAUCCAGCAGUGCCACUUGUGGCAACGGUUGGCGUGAACCCUUGAUGGAAGCUGAAGGCUGCCUGUGGGCAGGAACUAGGCUGUUUGGCCUGAUGGAAGGACUAGCGUGGUGACGGGUGGUACAUGCCUUCUUAUUGAAUUUGGUGAAAUAAAGAUUGUAACAGCAAA